AUGGCUCUUAACAGUAUGAAUGCAGGUGAUCAUGCAGAACUCCGACGCUUGAAUCGAAAGAGCGGAACAAUGCGGGUACUAUUCGGAUCAGUUCUGAAGCACGUGAUACGCCUACGGCCAGAGAAUCCACCCGAGAAUGGAAUAAAUAAGGAAGCUCUGUCAUCUCCCAAGCGUACUGUACUGUACCAUGGAGCUUUUGUUGUUAUUUGUCCUAACCAAUGGCGAGACUUGGUGCCAGAUUGA